AUAUGGCUGGACUACUAGGCACAUGUGUUUCCCCUUCUCUCACUUCUACUUACCAACUCCUCUCUCCAUUACUAUCAAGACACAUCACCGGGCUGGUGUGUGUUACAGGACGGGACGGGACGUGUGUGAUGUAUUGCGAUGCGGCUCCUUCUCAUCCACGGUGUGUUUUUCCUCCAGUGUUUGCGGUUCUCCCAGCAGCAGUUUCCAAGGCUCUGCGCCACAACGGAGGCCCUGCUCUCUAAAGAGUGCUGCCCGGUCUGGGAAGGGGAUGGUUCGGCCUGCGGGGCCAGCUCUGGCAGGGGGUUCUGCCGGGACGUGGAGGUAUCGGAUCUCCCCAACGGGCUGAAUUACCCCUUCUCCGGCUUGGACGACAGAGAGAGGUGGCCUCUGGUAUUUUAUAACCGGACCUGCCAGUGCGCCUCCAACUACAUGGGGUUCAACUGCGGAGAGUGCCAGUUCGGACUGUUUGGGGCUAACUGCGAGGAGAGGAGAGAGUCCGUGCGGCGGAACGUGUUUCACCUGUCGGCAGCGGAACGGCGGAAACUCAUCUCUUACCUCAACCUGGCCAAGCACACCGUUAGCCAGGAUUAUGUCAUAGCCACCGGGACCUACCGGGAGAUGAAUAACGGGAGCACCCCGCUGUUCUCUGACGUCUCGACCUAUGACGUGUUUGUGUGGAUGCACUACUAUGUCUCCAGGAAUGCUCUUCUCGGUGGACCGGGGAAUGUCUGGACCGAUGUGGACUUCGCCCACUGGGCUCCCGCCUUUCUGCCGUGGCACCGUGUGUACCUGCUGCACUGGGAGCGCGAGAUCCGAAAACUGACCGGGGACUUUGAGUUCUCCAUCCCGUACUGGGACUGGAGAGACGCGCAGGGCUGUGACAUCUGCACCGAAGACCUGAUGGGCGCCCAGAGCCUGCGAGAUCCCAACCUCAUCAGCCCUGCUUCAGUGUUCUCUUCUUGGAGGGUGAUGUGUUCACGGGUGGAAGACUACAGUGUGAGGGGGGUUCUGUGUGAUGGUAACGACGAGGGGCCGUUGCUUCGUAACCCUGGAAACCACGACCAUAACUUGGUUGCGCGGUUGCCGACGGCAGCAGAGGUGGAGUUCACGGUCAGUCUCCGUGAUUACGACACGGGAGCCAUGGACCGCUCCGCUAACUUCAGCUUCAGAAACACACUAGAAGGUUUUGGGAACCCUCAGACAGGCCUGGGUAACAGUAGGGUGAUGGGGAUGCACGCCUCUCUUCAUAUCUUCAUGAACGGCUCAAUGUCUUCAGUCCAGGGGUCAGCUAACGACCCUAUUUUCCUACUGCACCACGCCUACGUAGACAGUAUCUAUGAGCAGUGGUUGAGGAGACAUGCUCCAGAGCAGACCCACUACCCAGAGUUCAAUGCUCCCAUUGGCCACAAUAGGCAGUACCACAUGGUGCCCUUCAUACCUCUACACAGAAACAUAGAAUACUUUACCUCCAGCAAAGAAUUGGGGUACCAAUACUCCUACAUGCUCAACUCAGAUCAGAGGAUAUCGGAGGUUCUCAGUCCUUACCUGGAGCUAAUGAUGGAGGUGUGGCCCUGGUUGCUAGGGGCGUUGGCCCUGGGGGCGCUGGUUACCAUGACUGUGGCUGCAGUAGCUGCUACUAUGACCCGGAUGUGUUGGGAUGCGUGGCCAUGGCAACUCGGGGAGAAGAGUUCAGCGUUCCACCUACCAGAGAGGGAACCUCUCAUCAUCAGCAGUGAUAGUGAUACCCCCAACUACCACACUGUUUAGUCCCAACUACCACACUGUUUAGUCCCAACUACCACACUGUUUAGUCCCAACUACCCCAACUACCACACUAUUUAGUCCCAACUACCCCACUGUUUAGUCCCAACUACCACACUGUUUAGUCCCAACUACCACACUGUUUAGUCCCAACUACCACACUGUUUAGUCCCAACUACCCCAACUACCACACUAUUUAGUCCCAACUACCCCACUGUUUAGUCCCAACUACCACACUGUUUAGUCCCAACUACCACACUGUUUAGUCCCAACUACCACACUGUUUAGUCCCAACUACCACACUGUUUAGUCCCAAAUCCCACACUGUUUAAUCCCAACUACCACACUGUUUAGUCCCAACUACCCCUACUACCACACUGUUUAGUCCCAACUACCCCAACUACCACACUGUUUAGUCCCAAAUACCACACUGUUUAGCCCCAUUUACCCCAACUACCACACUGUUUAGUCCCAACUACCACACUGUUUAGCCCCAUUUACCCCAACGAGCACACUGUUUAGUCCCAACUACCCCAACUACCACACUGUUUAGCCCCAACUACCACACUGUUUAGCCCCAACUACCACACUGUUUAGCCCCAUUUACCCCAACGAGCACACUGUUUAGUCCCAACUACCCUAACUACCACACUGUUUAGCCCCAACUACCACACUGUUUAGCCCCAACUACCACACUGAUUAGCCCCAACUACCACACUGUUUAGCCCAAUGAGCAAUGAGAGUGUGCGACUCUUUGUUUUUCUAGCUUCCAGUUUAUUCUCCGUUAGUCAGCACCUCAACACUAAAUAAUGUACUCUGGGGGUGCUCCAGCUCAUACUUUUUAUUGGACUAUGUUAGGAGUUGUGCCAUGAACAUAUUUUAUAGUUAUAUUUUACAGUGCUAUGUCAACUCACACUGCCUUUGACUUUAGUAGGAAUAUAGAGUAAUGAAAUAUUGAAAAAGGAGUAUUGCAUUGGACGGCUCAUAAUGAUGGCUGGAACGGAGCAAAUGGACUGGCAUCAAACAUUAGGAGACAUGUGUUUGUAUUUGAUACCAUUCCACCAAUUCCACUCCAGCCAUUACCACAAGCCCAUUCACCCCAAUUAAGGUGCCACCAACCUCCUGUGGUAAACAUAAACAAUAAAAAGGCACCCUUUUACAGUAGAUGUGCUUGAUUUACAUCGGA